UUGAAAGGGGCCGAAAACAGAUGGAACUGGCCACAAUAAAUAAAUUGUGAAAUAAAUGUGAUUUAAAAUGCCCAUAAACUGCAAAUCCCAGUGUGGCAAUCGAGCUGCCUUAAAGCGUCCCAAAACUGGCGAUGCGCUGUGUAAAGAGUGUUUCUUCGCCGCCUUCGAGGCGGAGAUUCAUCACACGAUCUCCUCCAGCAACUUAUUUCGGCGAGGCGAGAAGGUUGCCGUGGCUGCUAGUGGAGGCAAGGAUUCCACAGUCUUGGCGCAUGUCUUGAAAUUGCUAAAUGAACGCCAUGACUACGGCCUGGAGUUGGUGCUGCUUUCUAUAGAUGAAGGCAUCACUGGAUAUCGGGACGACAGCCUGGAGACUGUCAAGCAGAACCGUGACGACUAUCAGAUGCCCCUAAAGAUCAUCUCCUACGAGGAGUUGUACGGCUGGACGAUGGACCGGAUUGUGGCGCAGAUCGGGCGCUCAAACAACUGCACGUUUUGUGGGGUCUUUCGGCGACAGGCACUGGAUCGCGGGGCCAAGCUGCUGGGUGUGGACAGCAUAGCCACCGGCCAUAAUGCCGACGAUAUCGCCGAGACUGUGCUGAUGAACGUGCUUCGUGGGGACACCGCUCGCCUAAGGCGUUGCACCGACAUUCGGACCGGCGGCGGAGAGGACUCCAUACCCCGGGUGAAGCCACUCAAGUACAGCUACGAAAAAGAGAUCGUGAUGUACGCACACUACAAGAAGUUGGUGUAUUUCUCGACGGAGUGCGUCUUUGCCCCCAACGCUUAUCGCGGCCAUGCACGAGCCUUCCUCAAGGAUCUGGAAAAGGUGCGGCCCGCUGUCAUAAUGGACAUCAUUUACUCUGGCGAGCAGCUGCGGUUUAAGGACACCGUCAAAAAGCCAGUGCGCGGCAUAUGCACUCGGUGCAGUUUCGUCUCCUCGCAGCAGCCGUGCAAGGCGUGCGUUCUCCUCGAAGGCUUGAACCGCGGCCUGCCCAAGCUGGGCAUAGGCAAGAAGUCCAAGGGCGAUCGAAUGAUCGCCAAGCAAGACCAGGAAUUGGCACUUCGAGAGCGUGCAAAUUUAGUAAAAAACGAUUUUUAACA